GAAGCAGCGAGGGGAGCAGCCUGCAGCUAGCUGGAGCUGAGAGCCGCCCUAAAAGGGGAAUAACACGAACAAGCGCGCAUACUUUUAUCUAGUGUUAUAACAAAUUUGUAUGCUUUACACCCGCAUAUGCAUAUUCAUCCGCUUUGAAACCAGAAACGGCAGAGUGUAGUGUCCGCAGCCAGCAGCAGCUCUCUGACAUUUAGCUGCGGAGUGAUGCCUUCAUCCCCGUAGCAGCUAGCUGCUUAGCAUCCGCUGCAGCGCCGGGACCUGCAAUCACACUCGAAAUGGCUGACGGUGAACGCUGAUUACUGUUGCACACUUCACGGGCGGUGUUGGAGUCAAUGUUGGCAGAUCCUCACACGGACAGCAGGGCAGAAUCUUAGCAGUAGCUGUGAUUGGAGCAGGGCAGCUCAGCCUGGCUCUGCUGGAGCUGCUCCAUGUCCAGCCUGGUCUCCUGGUAACCCAACACCAGUUUUAUCCGAGCGACGGGAAACAUAAGAGCGAUAUUGCAUUUGGUGUUUAAAGGCCAGCGUUAUUUGGUAGUAAUUUGUAGGCAGGAGUCGGGCCAGGAUGAAAACCCGUUGGUUUCAGUCCCAAUAUCUGAGCUAACGGGUUAGCAGGUAACUCACUCAUGUUGCCUUUUUACGGGAGUUAAUCAACGUUUUAAGUAAGACGAAAAAAACAUCUGAGCCAGCCAAGCAUGGGUUCAGAGGAGGCAUCGUUGCGUGCAUUAGAAAACCUGAUGACAGAAUUCUUUCACAGCUGCACAACUAAUGAACGGAAAAGGGAAAUAGAAGAGGUGCUGAAUAACUUUGCACAGCAGACCGGGGCAUGGCGCCAUUGCUUGUUUUUCCUCUCCAAUACUCGGAAUGAGUAUGUAAUGAUGUUCAGUCUCACAGUAUUUGAAAACCUAGUGAACAAAAUGUGGAUUGGCGUAGCUUCACAAGACAAGAUGGAGAUUCGCAGCUGUCUGCCCAAGCUCCUACUUGCUCAUCACAAAUCGGUGCCCUAUUUCAUCCGCAACAAACUCUGCAAAGUCAUUGUGGACAUUGGUCGCCAAGACUGGCCAAUGUUCUACCAUGAUUUUUUUUCAAAUACUCUUCAGCUGAUCCAGACCCCAACUCUGGCUCCAUUGGGGUUGGUGAUGUUAAAAACCACAUCAGAGGAACUUGCAUGUCCUCGAGAAGAUCUUAGUGUUGCCAGGAAAGAGGAGCUGCGUAAACUGUUGCUGGAGCAGGUACCAACAGUGCUUGGACUGUUGACUGGUAUCCUAGAGACCUACUGGGACAAGCACAGUGUCAUAGCUUCUACCCCGCCUCCUUCGCCCACCUCAGGAGAAAGUGUGGAAUUGCUGGGCAGUUUGUUUCAAGGCAGCCAAUACUCAAAGCUGCUCUGUCAGCCCAUGGCAGCUUUGGACAAUGAUAGCCAUCAGCUCUGUUGUCUAGUCUUGGAGUGUUUGGCUCACCUGUUCAGCUGGAUCCCUCUGUCCACAAGUAUAACACCCACUCUGCUGGCAUCCAUUUUCCAUUUCGCACGAUUUGGUUGCGAUCUACGGACAAAGGCCAAGACGGGAUCUUUUAUCUCACCCUCUUCUAAUGGACAACUUAAUCCUGGGACGAUGCCACCAACAUCAAAUGGAGAGGGGCGAAAUGGGCAGCAGAAUGAGAGUAACAAGGUGGACCGUGCUCGACUUGGUGUGCUUGCCAUGACUUGCAUCAAUGAACUGGUGUCAAAGAACUGUGUGCCAGUGGAUUUUGAGGAAUAUCUGCUGCGAAUGUUCCAGCAGACUUUCUUUCUCCUGCAAAGGCUGACACGAGAAAAUAAUGCUCACACUGUCAAGAGCCGAUUACAGGAACUCGAUGAGAGUUACAUGGAAAAGUUCACAGAUUUUCUGCGCCUGUUUGUCAGUGUUCACUUGAGGAGGAUUGAGUCAAGUCCUCAGUUUCCUAUUGUGGAGUUUCUUGCCCUGCUUUUCAAGUACACUUUCAACCAGCCUACCCAUGAGGGAUACUUUGCCUGUUUGGACAUUUGGAGUGUGUUUUUGGAUUUUCUAACAACCAAAAUCAAAAGCAGACUUGCAGACAGAGAAAGUGUCCUUAACAGGUACAAAGAUGCCUUAGUUCUUUUGUUAAGGGAGGUGCUGAAUCGCAUACAGUUCAGGUACAACCAAGCCCAGUUGGAAGAGCUGGAUGAUGAGACUCUGGAUGAUGAUCAACAGACCGAGUGGCAAAGGUACCUACGUCAGAGUCUGGAGGUGGUUGCCAAGGUGAUGGAGCUGCUCCCAUCCCAUGCAUUCUCUACCCUGUUUCCAGUCCUUCAAGAAAAUUUGGAUGUAUACUUGGGUUUGCAACAGUUUAUUGUCACCACUGGCUCAAGUCGGCGGUUGAAUAUCACAGCAGAGAAUGACUGCCGUAGACUUCACUGCUCUCUCAGGGACCUCAGCUCGCUGCUUCAAGCUGUAGGACGGCUGGCUGAGCAUUUCAUAGGAGAGAUCUUUGCUGCCCGUUUCACUGAUGCACUGGCUGUGGUUGAGAGAUUGGUUGAAGUCACUUGCUACGGCUCUCAGACCAGCCUUUAUGACCUGGAGACAGCUGUGCCUUCUGUGCUCAAGCCCGACCUCAUUGACGUGCAUGCACAGGCCCUUGCUGCUUUGCAAGCCUACUCUCACUGGCUCGCACAGUUCUACAAUGAAGUCCACAAUCAAAACCAGAGCCAGUUCAACCACCUCAUUACGUCUGCAGUAGAUGCUACCAGCCCACUCAUCACAACUAAGGUACCUGAGAAGUUGCUGCUCUCAGCGAGCCAUCUCAUGGUGUCCAUCACCUCGACAGUGAGGCCCGUGUUCUUGGUCACUUUGCCAGCAGUUCAGAAUGUCUUCAACCUUAUUACCACAGAAAGUCAGAACCACAGACUUCCCCAAGAGGCUCACAUGCUUGUGUGUAGAGCGUUAUCAAACAUGCUGCUUCUGCCGUGGCCAAACUUACCAGAGAGUGAGCAGCAAUGGCAAACGCGCUCCAGCAACCACGCCAGUCUGCUGGCCGCUCUCACUCGAGAAUACCGGAUUUUAAGAGGGACUGUGAACAUAACUCAACGACAGCCUGGUCUUGAUAAUAUGAAAGCAGUGAUACAACAGACGCUGCCUGUGCUCAGAGAUAUUGUGGACAGCAUCUCCGGUGAAUCCACUAAAUCCCGACAGAUCUCUUACCAGAGUCUUCAGGAGUCUGUCCAAGUGUCCCUGAACCUUUUCCCUGUAUUUAUUCAGCAGCCAGAUGUGACGGAUGAGAUGUUGGCCUUCUUCUUGACACUUUUUCAAGCAUUGCGAGUCCAGAUGGGUGUCGCCUUCACAGGACAGAUCAUCCACACUUUUCUCAGCAUGUUUACCAGGGAACAGCUGGCAGCCAGUAUUUUGCAAGAGGGGAGUGCCGGAGGCAGGGUGGUGCAAAAGUUCCUAAAAAUCCUGCAGGUGGUGGUGCAAGAACCUGGUCAGGCUUUCAAGCCCUUCCUGCCCAGCAUCCUCUCUCUGUGUAUGGAGCAGGUCUACCCGCUGCUGGCUGAGCGGUCGUCUCCAGAUGUCAAGGCUGAGAUGUUUGAGUUGCUAUACCAAAUACUUCACCAGAACUGGAGAUACUUCUUUAAAACCUCAGUCUUAACAAGUGUCCAAAGAGGAGCUGCUGAAGACACCAUGGAAAACCAGGCCCAGUUCACAGCUGCCAUGCAGGCUUUUGGACAGUCAUUCCUGCAGCCCGAUAUCCACAUCUUCAAGCAAAAUCUCUCCUAUUUGGAGUCACUCAACAGCAAGCACAAGUUAUAUCACAGAAAGCUUUUCCGGACCUCAAUGCUCUUCCACUUUAUCAACGUGCUGCUGCAGGUCCUUCUGCACAAAAGUCAUGACCUCCUUCAGGAGGAAAUCACUCUUGCUAUUUACAACAUGGCCUCUGUCGACUUCGAUGCCUUCUACUCAGUUUUCAUGCCAGAGUUCCUCAAUGGCUGUCAGGGCGUCGACACCAGCCAACGAACUGUCCUCGCACGCAACUUCAAGCUUGAACGGGACUUGCCUUCUUUCACUCAAAGUGUGCAGCGGCUGGUGAAUGACCUUCGCUACUAUAGACUGUGCAAUAGUAGCUUACCCACUGGCACCAUCAAGCUAUAGCACACUGACUGCUUGAACAGUCUUCACAUCAUCAAUGAUCUGCAAAGACUGCCCGUUCUGACCACUUUGCCCAACACUCCUCUAGUUCAGCUUAGCUGCACUUAUCAAAGUAACAGGAAGGAGCAACACAUGGUUUGGUUGAGUAAUUGGAGGUUGACGAUGCUGCUGAUGAUUUCUUUUGAUUUCUACUGUAGAAGGUUGGCACAUUAUUAUUUUUCAAAGCAGUGCCCUCCUUAAGUAUUGCCAAUGAUAAGUUGGCUAGAAAUGUAUAUCCGGUCUGCAGUCGGCAUCCGCCCAGACCUGGAACAGUCUGAGCCAGGCCUUGUCUCCCACGCCGCCACAACAAAGCUGAGAUGGGACUGAGCACUUUCAACUCAUUUUGAGUUUUUUAAAUGUCUGCUUUUAUUCAUUUUGCCUUUUUCAUCUCCAAAGGAGACAGACUGUCAACUUAAGAUCUUUCAUAUCAUUCCAUUCUGAAAACGAGAAAAACUGCUUGAUUAAUAAAGUGCUUUUUUUAGUAAAGGGUGUGGAGUCAUUAUUCCUUACUUUGAUUUAUACAUGUAAACAAUAUUAGGGACUUUUUUUUUUCUUUUACCCAGUUUUCAGUAGCAUCCACCCAACGAUCAUUGUCUCUGGGUGGAAACGGUGGGUACACUGGACAGUUACCCAGUCAUCACAGGGCCACAUGUAGACAGACAACCGCUGACACUCACUCCUACAGGUAAUUU